AUGGAAAUCCAAAGGGUUCACAUGGAAAAACCGGUGAAUUUGAGCGAGGACAUGGUGCUCUUGGUUCUUCAAUUUCUCCAGGAAGGGAAUUUCAAGGGAGCUCUGCAUAAGCUGGAACAAGAAUCUGGUGUGUUCUUCAAUAUGGAGUACGUUGAAGAGAAAGGCCUGGCUGGAGAAUGGGACGAGGUUGAAAACUAUAUCUCUGGCUUUGUAAAUAUGGAUGACAAUGAAUUUUCGAUGAGAUUGUUCUUUGAAGUUAGGAAGCAGAAGUAUCUUGAAGCCCGUGACAGGGGUGACAAAGCGAAGGCUUUUGACAUACUGUUGAAUGAUUUAAAAGUUUUUUCAUCCCAUAACGAAGAUUUAUUCAAAGAAAUUGCGCAUCUUUUAACCCUUGACAACUUAAGGGAAAGUAAGCAGUUAUCGACGUAUGGUGACACUCAAUCAGCUCGAAACACAGUGCUCUUAGAAGUUAAGAAUCUGAUAAGAUCAAAUCCCCUCCUCAAACAUAAGCUCAUAUUUCCCUUAAUUAAGGCCUCACGGUUAGAGUAUCUGAUUAAUCAAAGUUUGAAUUGGCAGCACCACCGGUGCAACAAUCCAAUGUCAAGUCCUGUCAAAAACCUUCUUAGUGACCAUGCGAGCUUACCUUCAAGUGGAGCUGUUGCACAACCUCCUGUCGCAGCUGCUGCAAUGCCUUUGUCUUAUGCUCCAAUUGGAGCAUAUGGUGGACCAGUUCUUCCAGUCCGAGUAGCUGCUUUUGUUAAUCCUUUAGUGGCGGGAUGGAUGGUGAAUGCAAAUCCUUUCUCACCCAUUCAAUCAUUUGUACCUGUUGCUUCACCAUUUCCUGGUCUCCUGAAUCAAGUAUCUAUUUUGAAGCAUUCAAUAACUCCUCAUACUCUUGCAGUGACGGAUUAUAAAAAAACUGACCGUCGGCAACCAUCAAAACGUUUGCGGUCAUCUGGUGAUGAGGUCUCCGUUUCUUCUCCCCCCCCAAAAGCCUCUUGGUCACUUGAUGACGUUCCUAAAACUGUUAUGUGUACAUUACAUCAAGGAUCAACAGUGACAAGCAUGGAUUUUCAUCCUUCCCUUCAUUCCUUACUUACUGUUGGUUGUGGAAAUGGUGAAAUCUCUCUCUGGGAAGCAGGACUGAGAGAGAAGCUGAUAUCAAUGCCUUUCAAGAUAAAGGAUAGUGCGACUUGUUCUGCCUUUUUUCAGGUUGCAAUUAUGAAGGAUUCAUCUGUAUCUGUCAACCGUGUCUCAUGGAGUCCAGAUGGAAAUUUUAUUGGGGUUGCUUUCACAAAACAUUUGAUUCAUUUGUAUGCUUAUCAAGGACCUAACGACCUACAGCAGAAUUUAGAAAUUGAUGCUCAUGUUGGUAGUGUUAAUGACGUGGCAUUUUUCAAUCUAGAUAAUCAAUUGCGCAUGGCAACUUGUGGAGAUGAUAAGUUAGUUAAGGUGUGGGAUUUGACUGGACAGCAACUCUUUCAGUUUGGAGGUCAUGAAGCACCGGUUUAUGCUGUUUGUCCCCAUCAGAAACUAAAUGUCCCGUAUAUAAUCGGUACUGCUGUUGAUGGGAAUAUCAAAAUCUGGGUGUAUGAUAGCAAGGGCUCUAGGAUUGACUUUCAAGCUCCUGGUCAAUCGUGCACCACAUUGCUCUACAGCGCUGAUGGAAGUAGAUUGUUCUCUUGUGGGACAAAUAAGGAUGGGGAUUCUUUCCUAGUUGAGUGGAAUGAAGCUGAAGGUACAGUGAAGAGAGAAUAUUAUGGAUUAAGAGAGAAAUCUGCUGGUGUUGUGCAAUUUGACACAACAAAGAACCGCUUUUUGGCUGCUGCUGAAGAUAACCUGAUAAAGUUUUGGGAUAUGGACAAAACCAACGUUUUGACAAGAACAGAAGCUGGGGGUGGUCUUCCUUCUUUCCCUCGCUUGAGGUUCAAUAAGAAAGGAAAUCUUCUUGCUGUUACAACGGCUGAUGGUGGUUUGAAAAUCCUUGCUGAUACUGAUGGCAUGAAGUACUUAAGAGCCAUUGAAGCUUCUAAAGGAGCAGUGGAUACGCAGGUUAAUCUGCCUCUCAAAACUCCAUCUUCAAUUUUUUAGAUCAUCAUUAUUGGCUUAGAAUGUGUUGAUAGAAGCUCUCCUACUGCACCACUGCCUAUCAUUCAUGGAGAUGAUUCUAUGACCAGAAGCAUAGAGAUGCAAGGAGGUUCGGACAAUCUAGCUGAUAAAUCCAAAACAUGGGUACGGACAGAAAUUGUUGAUCCUGCUCCUUGUCGAAUGGUUACUUUGCAGAAGGGUAUUGACUCUGCUAUUAAGGUUGUUCGUCUUCUUUACACCAAUUCUGGGGCAUGCAUUCUGGCUCUUGGUUUGAAUAGGAUUCUGGAGUUUUGGAAGUGGAGAUGUAUUGAACAGAAUCCCAGUGGAAAGGCCAUGGCUAGUGUUGUUACCGGACUUUGGCCCCCAAAUAGUGGUCUUCUCAUGAUUAAUGAUGUCCCAGACAAUUCUGACAAUGUUGUUCCCUGCUUAGCAAUCUCACAGAACGAUUAUUAUGUCGUGUCUUCCAGUGGAGGAAAAAUUUCAUUGUUCAACAUGACGAAUUUUAAGGUAAUGACAACUUUUAUGCCACCUCCCCCUUCUUCAACCUUCCUUGCGUUUCACCCUCAAGACAAUAACAUCAUUGCAAUUGGAAUGGAAGAUGGAAAUAUUCUUUUAUUCGACGUUAAGGUUAAUGAGAUAAAAAAUAGAUUGAAUGGUCACCAGAAGCCCGUUACUGGUUUAGAUUUUUCAAUUCACCUGAAUAUCUUGGUUUCAUCCUCUGCCGAUGGUGAGCUUUCUUUCUGGAGCAUUGAUUCAUGGAAAAGGAAGAAAUCGUUAUCAAUCCAAUUGACAGAUGGAAAGGCACUUGUUGGUGAUACUAGAGUCCAUUUCCACUCCGAUCAAGUGCAUCUACUUGUAUACCAUGAAUCACAGUUAGCAAUAUAUGAUGCUUCAAGAAUGGAAUUGAUUCGGCAGUGGCGUCCACAAGAUGGGUUGACCGGUUCCAUAUCCUCUGCAACAUUCUCCUGCAAUAGCCAACUAGUUUAUGCUGCUUUCACUGAUGGAAAUAUGGGAGUUCUUGAUACUGCGAGUUUGAGAGUACGAUGCCGAAUAGCUUCCUCAGUGCAAAGCAGUCAAAAUGUAUUCCCCCUUGUUAUUGCAGCGCACCCACAGCAGCCAAAUCAAAUAGCCCUUGGACUGUCAGAUGGCUCUGUUAAGAUUAUAGAGCCCACAGAGGCUAAUGGUAGUGGUUGGUAAGCAUUACCAUCAAGUACCGACAACUCAAUUCCUGAGC